AUGCCUGCGCAGUCCUCAUUGAUCCAAUCAUCCACACGUGCAAUCGACACCUUGCUCACCCUGUUGGAAAAGGUCCUUGAUGAGUCAUUUUGGGAAAGCAUGAUGGGCCCAAGGCUUGUCAACCUUGCCAAACGCUAUUUUGGAAAUGACUUUGUUAUUCUCAGCGCUGUAUUUUAUAUAUCAACUCUAUUACGUACAAAAUGGACCGACUUAUUACAACACAUCUUGGAAAAACUAAGAAAGCCUCAGCCCCCUGUUGUAUCGGUGGAAUUGAUCACCCACGAUCGAGCAUACACAGCUGUGGAUGACUUUGUACGACGCAAGAUCAGGACAAUCCCUGAUUUGACUCGUGUAUUUGCCACCUUUGAAGAUUCCAAUGAUGAGGAGUCUGAUGACCAAACGGAAGAUAGCAACAACAACAAGAAAUCUUUGGUGCAAUUUUAUCCACCCGAGGAAACGAGCAAUGAGAUUGAAUACAAGGGCUACACCCUCCGUGUGACAUGGCGCACUAUCAAGAAGCCCAAAGAUGAUGAGGAGUCUGUUGUUGAAGGAGCCAUGUUCCGUGGUAGAUUUGUUACUCGCACAUUGGAAAUCUCAAUGGAGCAUGAUUCACUUGAUCUGCUGAAACAAUUUAUUCAAGAAUGGACCGAUAUUUACAAUGAUCGUCAAACGGAGGAGAUCACCAUCCACAAAUACAUGGGCAAUUAUAGCUCUUGGGAAUACUACAAAGCAAUGGAUCCAAGACCCAUUUCAACCGUAGCUUUGAAGGCUGGCGUCAAAGAGAAGAUUGUCAAUGAUAUGGAGCGCUUCCGUCGCCGAAAGCGCUGGUAUAAGACACGUGGUGUUCCCUAUAGACGUGGCUACUUGUUGUAUGGCCCCCCUGGUACUGGUAAAACAUCCUUGAUUCAGGCUUUGGCAUCAAAUUUGGGCAUGGAUAUUGGCAUUGCAAGUUUGCUUGACAUGUUUUCAGAUUCUGAAUUCAGCGACAUGUUGAGCGAGGUUCCCAGCAAUUGUUUGGUUGUCCUGGAAGACUUCGAUCAUUAUAUCCACAAGUUGUCCGAAUCACAUGAACGCACUGGUGUGAGUGUUGCUGGCAUGUUGAAUGCUUUGGAUGGUAUUCAAGGCCAAUCUGGAUCGAUGAUCUUUAUGACGUGCAAUGAUAUCACCAAGCUUCCACCAGCUUUGUUGCGUCCUGGCCGCAUGGAUGUAAAGCUUAAAUUGGAUUACGCUGAUCGUGGGCAAAUUCAAGACAUGUUUUGGCAGUUCUUUGGACAUGAUCCUGAUACCUUGGAGCCCAUGUUGGAUGGUGAGCGUAAGGAAUACGUGCAAUCAUUGAUGAAGAAAUUUGCCAAUGCACUUCCCGAGAACCAUGUUACUACGGCCGAACUCGAGAACUACUUUAUCACUCUUUGGAUGGAAGCUGAUGCUGAAAACCCUGAGGAUGGUUUAUACGAUCGCCUUUUCAAUGAUAUCCCGGAGUUCUUGGAGAAGGUCAAGUUGGAUCGAAAGCAAGCAGAGGAACAUGAGAAACAAAAACAAGAAAAGAAACAACGGGACCGUGACCAUCGUCGUAAGAGACGACAAAACGAUAGUGACAACGACAACAGCAGUAGUGAUGAGGAGGAAACUGCUGACGACAAAAAAGACGAAUCAGCUGACCAAGAGCCAUCUACCAGCAAUAAUGAUACCCAAGACAACGCCAAAGAAAAUAGCGAUGAUAAGCAAGAUACCAACUCCUCCACACAAAAUGAUGACAACAAUGACUCUGACUUCUCCUCAACUUCAACAAAAUAA